CUGGUGGACAUGACUAGCUUCAGUCCACUUCCAUCCACAAGUGGAAUGGCUGCUAGGAGAUUAAUUGGUGCUUCGAAACUUAAACUCCUCAACAUACCUGAGAACCCCUUAAUGAACUUUGAUGAUGGAACAUACGAUCCAAGUUCAGCACCUCAAGACAAACCCUGAUGUGGAUCCCAGAUAGCUUCUUCUCCAGCUUGUUGAGUGGAAGGAUAUCGACACUAAGGGAUGAAACUGGUGCAAUCUUUAUCGAUAGAGACCCAACAGCAUUUGCACCCAUAUUGAAUUUUCUAAGAACAAAGGAACUUGACCUAAGGGGAGUGAAUAUUAAUGUCCUCAGACAUGAAGCUGAAUUUUAUGGAAUUACCCCACUAGUGAGAAGAUUGCUGCUUUGUGAAGAACUGGAACGAUCAUCAUGUGGCAGUGUUCUCUUCCAUGGAUACUUACCUCCACCAGGUAUACCUAGUCGUGAUGUCAACAGUGCUGCUGCCACCUCACAGGAUGUUCGAACAGGGUCAACUCCAGCUGAGGGAGGUGCUCGAGUCAACUGUACCCAGCCCAUAUUAGCAAGGGCAGGUGCUGCAGAGGUCCCAAUCAAACUAGGUCUGCCAGUGGAUCCAAGGAAGGUGUUAACAGUGGCUGGGCAUCAUAACUGGAUUGUAGCUGUUUAUGCACACUUUGUGGUUUGUUACAGGAUAAAGGAGUCCUCUGGAUGGCAGCAGGUGUUCUCUAGUCCAUACCUAGACUGGACUAUAGAACGAGUAGCUCUGAAUGCCAAAGUAGUAGGAGGGCCCCAUGGAGACAAGGACAAAAUGGUGGCUGUUGCAUCAGAGAACAGCAUAAUAUUAUGGAGCAUUCAAGAUGGUGGCAGUGGCAGUGAAAUUGGGGUAUUCAGUUUAGGUGUCCCAGUGGAUGCUCUCUUCUUUAUUGGAAACCAGCUGGUGGCUACAAGUCAUACAGGAAAAGUUGGAGUCUGGAAUGCUGUCACUCAACAUUGGCAGGUUCAAGAUGUAGUACCAAUAACGAGUUACGAUACUGCAGGAUCCUUUCUGUUGUUGGGCUGUAACAAUGGCUCCAUAUAUUACAUUGACAUGCAGAAAUUUCCAUUAAGAAUGAAGGAUAAUGAUCUGCUCGUGACAGAACUCUACCACGACCCAUCUAAUGAUGCAAUAACAGCUCUGAGUGUCUAUCUCACACCAAAAACAAGUGUCAGUGGCAACUGGAUUGAAAUUGCUUAUGGUACUAGUUCCGGAGCAGUGCGUGUAAUUGUACAGCAUCCUGAAACUGUAGGAUCUGGUCCUCAGCUAUUCCAGACUUUCACUGUGCAUCGCAGCCCUGUCACCAAGAUCAUGCUUUCAGAAAAGCACUUGGUGUCUGUCUGUGCUGACAACAACCAUGUCCGGACAUGGACUGUAACUCGCUUCCGAGGAAUGAUUUCAACACAGCCGGGAUCCACUCCAUUGGCAUCUUUUAAAAUCCUGUCUCUGGAAGAAUCUGAGAGUCACUUCAGCUAUUCCUCCGGAAAUGAUAUUGGACCUUUUGGAGAAAGAGAUGAUCAGCAAGUUUUCAUCCAGAAAGUCGUGCCGAUAACCAACAAACUAUAUGUUAGGCUUUCUUCUACUGGCAAAAGAAUAUGUGAGAUCCAGGCUGUGGAUGGUACCACUAUCACAUCAUUUACAGUGCGAGAAUGUGAAGGCUCUAGUAGGAUGGGCUCCAGGCCUCGACGGUACCUAUUUACAGGUCACUCUAAUGGUAGCAUCCAGAUGUGGGAUCUCACCACCGCCAUGGACAUGGUUAACAAAGGAGAAGACACAGAUGUUGGGGGUCCAACAGAAGAAGAACUGCUGAAAUUGCUUGAUCAGUGUGAUCUAAGCACAUCACGCUGUGCAACUCCCAGUAUCAGCCCUGCAACUUCUGUUCUACAACAAAACAAACUGCGUGAAUCAAACUCAAGUCUUCAGCUCCAGCCCUUUGAAACUAUUCAUGAGGCAGCCACAUACGGCUCUGUGAGGCCUUACAGAGAAAGCCCAUUGUUAGCACGGGCAAGGCGGACUGAGAGUUUUCAUAGCUACAGGGACUUUCAGAAUUUCAACCUGAACAAAACUGUUCUUGAGAAGGGUGCCCCCGAACAAGGCAGUGCCUGCUGUGUGCUGCCAGAGCUAAAAAAGACUGGAAACGAAGCAGGACCUGCUGACAGGAAGAAUUCUUAUACAGAACAGAGGGCAAGUCGAGGUUCUGAAGGGAGUUUGGAAGCAAUAAAGCCAACAGAAAGUCCUGCAGAUGCUAGGAAAAAAAGCUCUGAAGAUGAUGCUGAAUUGAAGUCUGAAAAUAAAAAGAGAAGCUCUUUUGAAGGUGGGUUCUUGGGAAGGAAAAAGGUAUCACCAGCAUCCCAUUUACCUUCAGGUACUGGUGCAGAAGGAGGAAGUGACCCUCCCACCGUGAGCUCUCCUUCUCCUUCUCCUUCACCUACUAAGUCAUCCACAUCUCCACGACAUAAGAAAACAGACUCUUCAUGCCAGGAUAGUAGCUUGUAAAGAGAGACACUGUACAGAAGCCCUUCUGCCUUAACAUGUAAUGAGGAGUGAUGAUAGCUCAUUGUACACACAUUAAAAGUAUAUCAUCAGACUAAAGAAGCUGAUCAAAACUGAAGCAGUUUGACACUUGACUAAUUUGGAGAAAAGUAAUUAAAUAAAAACACUAAAAGAAGCCCCUAAAAGACGUGUAAUAAAAGCAAAACUAUUGAUACAUGCAACAAGAAGUCAGUCUUAAAGAAUAUUUGCCUAAUGAUGAUGGAAUAUAGAGACUGUUUGUGUAGUCUGUCUAGCAUUCUGUGUCAGUUAAUAGCAUCCGUGAUUUCCUAUGUGAUCAGGACAGGGGAAUUGUUUCAUCUGAACCUCAGUGAAUGGUAUGUUGUGUAUUAGGAGUGUCACACACCUGACCUAUGUCCUAAUACACCCACCUCCAGAAGUGAAAGUGACAUUUUGAUUAAGGCAGGUGUGCCCAGGCAGUAGUUAAAAAAAAAAAAUCUUUGAUUGAUGUUGCAUGUAAGGGUGUACAGCAACUCCUGUAUUCCUUAAUCCUAACCCUGAAUCUCAUAUAUAACCCCACCCUAGAUCCCAGCUGUAAUCAUUAAGUCACAGAUCUCUCUGCAUAUUACAGAAGGUCAUUUGAUUAGCUGGUCUUUAACUCACUGACAUCCAAUCAGACCAGAUGUGUGCAAAUGGUCUGCAUGGAAUGUCUUAACACUGUCAUCAGACAACUGCCUUACUGUCUAACUGUAAAUGUUUAUUGCAUUAUAUACAGUCUACAGACCAUCAGUGUUAUCUUUUUAUUUUUUUUUGCACUGUAAAAAUGUAUUGCUAACAUUGUAUUUCUUUAAUGCUGUAUAAAUGUAUUAUAUAUUUGUGCUUUGCUAAUAUUAAAUCAUGUUUGCACUUA